GUUUUUCCCACCGAGAAUACCAACCUAGGUCCGGAACUGCUCCAUUACAGACUCGGAGCUCGAAAUUUGCUGCUUACCGGUGAGAGCAGCAUCAGCACCCCCAGCUCCUCUUAGAUAACCUUUUGGAGGCUGCAUGGUAUAGGGCUGGAAGAGUGUCCUAGACGAGAUUGAUGAUUCUGUCAAGGACCAGGUCUGCGGGUCUUACUACACGUCCCAAUUCUCAUAAUUCACAGCCGGCCGUGCAUCGAGCGCUGACGAAUCUGCCGCCCGCCGACGGCCUUGAUGCGAGUUCUGCCGAGGGAGGGCCUCAUGCUGAACGGUUCGCUUGCUCAGUCCAAGAUGUAUGUUCAGCUUCUUCAUUUGCUACGAAUCAUGCCACUAUGGAUUUGAGAGACCAAAUACGACCUAGAGGACCUACGGAACGAGUGCAUGGCCAUGAUCAGGCAACCCAACCCUGAACUCAGUCAACAGUCAUCCCUUUGGCGAUGGGCUUAUCUCGUCCGCCAGAACUGGGAUGAAGUGCUAGGUCACUUUGCCUCCUGGGAAACAAAUUC